CAUUGUAGUACUACUAGCGCGGGAACUCUCAGUGCAGCAACGAGUUCGUAGAGUAUAUAGCUAUGGCGGAUGCUGGAAUCGUCGAGACGGUGAAGGGAGGCGGAUCACGCAGAGCGAGAGGCAAAUUGACGGUGGAGGAGUACCUAAAUUUCAUCGAUAGUCACAAGGAGCUCGAACUUUCCGCCGAUCAUCUCAGAGAGAUUAUUGAUAUGCAUGGCUUCGGAAAGAUGAGCAAAACUCCCAAGGUAGAUACAGAGUCUAUAUUUACUCCUAUGAAUCCGAUCGAGUUCAUAUUUGUUUUUUUCUUUUCUGUAAAUUUUUCCUGCAAAUUAUGUAUACUCUACCAGAAACUUGUGUUGGAGGCUGUGGAUUCAUUGGAGCUGAUGAACCCUGGGCGCUCAACGCUGCAAGACGACGGCGUAUCAUCUCAUGUGCAUUUGACUGUGGAAGAGGUGAUCAAAGACCUUGAUGAUCUCAAAUGGCAGGAGUGCUGUGUGACGUCACUCCACACCUUCAAUGGAGUCAACCGCACCUCCUCCCAAGUCCAAUUCCAGAGAUCUAAAGCUCCUGCUCCACCUCCACCCAACAAGGGAAGGGGAAGGCAAAAGAAGCAAAAACUCUCAAGUACCGGUGACUCCAUAGCUUCACAUACUACUGAUACUAUCGACAGUUGACUGGCCGGAAAUGACAGCAGUGGUGAACUCAGGGGCGAGAAUUCAGGUUCAUGCUCAUCAGUGACUGCGGGAACCCUAGGACUCGGUUGAUGCAAGGAAGAAGGAGAUGCCCUUAGCAGUAUAAACGCUAAAAAGCAGGUUAGUUUACUCCAACUUAAAUUGCGUUUUUCAUGUUUCAGCCAUAUCUACAUAGCAUUAUAGAACAAUCUGCUUCUGCAUUUAAUUUUGCUCAAAGAUACACAGCUAGAGUGAAUAUAAAUGAUUGUUAAGACUUAAGAACACAAUGAUGUAAUGCAGAGCCAUGUAGUCAAGGGUUCUGCAGGUCAUUAUUGAAAUCACAAGAGAGAAUUAGAAAGGAUGAAAGGAAGGAACAUAUUUAGACUGCUGGGCAGUAACCUGAAAAACAAAACCACCUACAGACAGAACCAAUCUUCUUCUAAAGGCUAAAGCCAUUCAACUAUAUGGAGAGAGGAGGAAAAGGCAUGGUGAUGCAAAUCAAACCACAUGUCGACUUCCAAAUUAAAAAAAAAAAAAAAAAGAUGAAAGCAAGCUAUAACAAGAUACACC